AUGCUCAAGGAAAGCACUGGAAGUUUGAAGGACUUUAGGGAUCCUGGCUUAGCAAGGAGGAACUUCACUGUGGGCUGUGGUACAGCUUUGGGUACCUACCUGAAGUUACUGUGGCAGUCUGUCUGUGAAACACCGGCACACUCCCACCACAGAGUGAUCCUCUGGGGCCCGGCCAUGCCGCUGCCGCAGGCGGAGCUGGUGCGCAGCUCGCUGCAGCUGUACCGGUACCUGCUGCGCUGCUGCCGCCAGCUGCCCCCGGGCCCGGUGCAGCAGCACUAGAGACACGCCAUCAGGCAGAGUUUCAAAGUCCACGCUGAUGAAGACGAUCCUGAGCGAAUCCAGCAGAUCAUCAAGAGAGCCAUUGAAGAUGCUGACUGGGUGAUGAAUAAAUAUAAAAACCAGAAGUAGAAGAGGAAGGAUGAAGCCAUGAAGCCAAGAAGGACCUUGUUCAAGAGGGAAAGGACCGUGGAGCUGGAAGGUACAGCCAUGGCAUGUCUGCAGCUCCAGAUGUCUGAGGUGCCAGCUGGGAUGUGGGAGCAUCAGACCAAAGGUAUGGUAGAUGUAGUUGAUAUGGAGGACCAGGAUCUGUGAAUUUUAGGGUCUGGAAAGUGAUAGAGUAUUCAAGUCUCAGAAUGAUGCAAAUGAGGAGCACGGUGAGGCAGCAGACAUCAUGAGUAAAUAUUUUGAUAGUAAUGAUUCAGCUGGAGGCAUGAGAAGAUGUCUGUGGAACUUUUGUACAAACAUCAUCUGGUGUUCAAAGUAAAAAAACUUUUAAUAGAGUCAAAGAUAAUUUUAUUUACUCAAUAUACAAGUAAUUUUCCUGCUGGUGAGGAGGUAUGAUGCUAGCAACUGUUUACUUCCUUGUAAUAGUGAAAGUAACCCCCAUACCUCAGACAUGUCUCUGCAAUGACUGGACUGAAGAGUCCUUCAGCUGCACAGCUGAGGCUUUUAUGUUUCCAAGACAUUAUAGAAAUUCCAUUCUCCAGCACAAUAAUUUGAGACCAAAGAUGUUAGAGUAACCCAGAGGUAGAUGAGAACCUGAACUCUGAAAGGGGUUUUGGGCAGAGCUUCAAAAUUUUCAACCAAAAUUAUUAUUCCAAAAACUUCUGCUCAGAAGUCUUGUAACCCUGGAGCUGUCCAAAUUUAUCACUCAAUGACCUGUCUGACCUGAGAGUUGCACAGUGAGUUCUCUUCACCUGUGUGUGAGCAGCUCUCUGCCCCCCAGCCCUGCUGAGCCCCAAGAGCUACUCCCUGUUCCCUUGGUGCUGCUGUGCUGGCAAUUACUGCCCAGGGUGACAAAGACACGCUCACAGGCAGCGUCCUCCCGGGCUCUGCCAUGGCAGAAAAGGAGAAAAUAGCCACUCCAAACAGACUGGUGCACCUGUGUCCCCAUUUUCAGUCCUCCAGGAUCUCUGACCACAGGGAUGGUGAGGAAAUGAGGCUGUGUUGUGUUCUGUAAUUAUUUUUGGAGAGUUAAAAAAACUCAUGAUGCUCAUGAGGCUGCUGACAGAGCAAGGGAUAAUGUCAGCAAAAGGAGAUAAGUGUAUUCAUAGGCUUCAGUUUCUUUUACUGGAAUGAGGAACCCAUUUCUGUGCUAGUUCUGGUAAGUGAUGGGCAGUUGAUAGGUGACUGCAGUAACCCCAGGGCCAAGGAUCCAGGCAGGAGGUGGUGUCAAAGCCCUGCUUUGUGGCCUCACUGCAGAAGCAUUCAGUCACCACCACCAUUUUCAGUGGGAAGAGUAUCCUGUGCCACUGGCUAGCCCAGGGUUUUCAUUGUGUUGACACAAAUGUAAUAACUGCAUUCUGCCAAAAACGCUUUUGCAGCUGGUUCCAAUGAGAUCUCGAGUCAAUAACUUCUCCUUGGUAGUCCACAAGUAAGAGCUGAGUGAAGUUAACAGUUCAAAGGUUGUAGCAAGGCUUUCACUGGAGGCUUGUUAUGCAAGAGCAAGACAAACAUUAGAACAAGGAAAGACAGUUGGAAAACUUCUGAUUAAUAAAGUGAUAGCAUGCUUUACAUUUUUGAAGUAUGGAGAAAUGAAUCAUUUAAAUCACUUUACAGACUUAUCAGCAUCCAGUCUAAGGCCAGAAUCAACACUGGUGCUGUAUUUUCUGUUCUGUGUGUAAACAGAAACCUAAAGCUGAAAUUGUGUUAAUAAUGGAAGUACCAUGUCAAAAGAUGGAGCCUUGGGUUGGUCAAUGUAAUUUUAGUGUUUAUGUUCCUGCUCUUAAAUCCACAGAGAAAUGGUAAAAACCACUUUGGUUAUUAGCAGCCUUGGAGCCUCGUGCAGAAGCUUCCUGUGCAGUGAAUAUCUUUCCCUUUUAUUUAUUUUUGUAAUUCAUUUAUUCAUUUCAGGUCUUGGUAUGGAAAGAUUGUAAAUUGAUGUUUUAUGUAAUGUCCAGGGUAGCAUUCUGCCCUUCACAUGGCCAGAGACAAAAACACUUCUGAUCACAUUCUUGUGUCAGAACUGUUAGUGAUUUCCAUUCACACUUGCCACCAAAAGUCAUUUGAGCCAUGUGGGUACUGAAUAGAAUAUUCCAACCCAGGCCAACCCUUGCUUAGCAGCAUUUGUCAGUAAUGGAAUAUUCUUUAAAUAAUUCUUGAGCACUUUGUAAACUUCCUCACGUGCUGAGUUAUGUCACAGGCAUUGCUUUUUGUCUAGGGCCACUUGAGCACGAGGACUUGAUGCUAAACAAAAAGCUCCCCUCUGUGUUGUCUGGCUCAUUUUCAAAUGUCAUAAGGAAGUAAUCUUUACUGUGAUACUGUAAGGAAGAGCAAUACACGCUAUUUCUGGGAGAAACAAAUAAUAUUCUCUCACAACUUUUUAAAAGGAAACAGUUUCUUAUUUUAAUAGCUUUUAACUUGGCAUUAUAAAUUAUGCCUUCAUAUAAAACUCUGAUAAGCUGCAAACUGAACAGGCAGCACAUCUGUGAGUCUUAAAUAUUCAAUAUCAUAAUGUCUAUUAAUUGUGAGAGUCCUUGACCUUAAACUGUAAGAAUGAGUCUUUAGAGCUUUAUGCUCCACGUUGUCAUGUCCCUCGGUGUCACCCCAAAGAGCAGGGGGGAUUUGAGGUGAGCAGACCCUGACACACAGCACUGCUGAACACAGACCUGCACUGCUCACUGGGUCUGUCCUUUCCUGCAGCCUUGCCUGCUGCUCAGAGCCUGUAGCUCUGCUGGAGCAUGAGCCAGCUGGUGCAUCUUUCAACUUUUGUAUUAUUUGAUUAAUUUAUCUUCUGUCAAGCCAGGUUUUAUGAAAUAGUGUUAACUGAAGUAUACACUACUCAUCAAGUACUCCUUUCAGCUUGUGAUUAAGCAGGGCAGACACAUUAACUUUAAAAAAACCCUGCUCUUUGAAGACUAUUUUCUAUUUUCCUCAUAAUUGUGUUUGAUAUUUAAAACAGUUUUUAAAAGUUUAGAAGCAGAGGGAGGCAUCUGUCACUUGCACCUAAGAGCUUACCAGUGUUUGUGUUUGUCACUGGGGAGAGCGCUGGCAUUGCUCCCUUCCCUUGUGCAGUCUGAAGGGGAAAGUUCUGGGGCUGCUGCUUGCUGUCCUCACCUGUGCACACUGAACUUAGCCCUUGUCUGACUAUCAGCCUGGCUGACUUUUCCCCCAGAAGAAUCUGCUUGCAUGUUCUGCAUUAAUCCAAUUUGAAAAGGAUUACCUUGAUUUUUGUCUUCUUAAUCAGCAGCUUCUGAGCCAGCUUGGUUUGGGUGCUUCACAGAAUCAUUCAGGCAAAAGACUUGCAGCCCAUGGAGUUCCAGCUGUGCCAGCUGUCCCAGCUGUGCCCAGUCCCCACCUUGUCCCCAGCCCAGAGCACUGAGUGCCAUGCCUUGGACACCUGCAAGGAUGGGCACCCCAAAGCUCCCUGGGCAGCCCCUGGCAAUGUUUAACAACCCAUUCUGUGAAGGAACUCCUCCUGAUGUCCAACUGCACCUCCCCAGGACAGCUUGAGGCUGUCUCACUACCCCAUAGAAAAUCUUUUCUUGCAGCUGCACAGCUUCAGACUGAGUGGCCUCAUUACCUGUGGGCUUCCUUCUGCCAGGGUUCAGCAUCAUCUCUUUAAAACACACUGCACUUAAUACAUUUUUAUUGCUAUACCUGAUUUUAUACCUUAUCUCUGGUGUUCAUUCUUGUUGAGAGGAGUUUACAACUGCUGCUGUUUUGAUUAAUAUUCUCCCCUUCUACAGAAUGGAUUUUAGAAGAUGCAAAAUUGGCAGUAAAUUCUUGUAGCUGAUGAGGUUGACUCAUAUUCUAUAUUAAAUAAAAAACACAGGAUCUGGGAUUUUCUCAAUCUUGCUGCAAUUUCUUAGCAGUCAUUUCAUCUACAGAAAGUGGUCUGUGUCUCAGCUGGUGUGGAACAAGGAACAAGGAAAACUGUUUGAAAACAAAUGUAAAACAGAAGUUAGUCUGGAAAAUACUACAUCAUGAUAGUGGGCAUGGGCAAAGGUUUUCUAUUUUGGAACCACCUUCUUGAUAUUGAGCCAAUACGAGGACUGACCUCUCGUGCUUAAAAAUAGAGUAUUUUGGUUUCCACAGUUGUGCAACUGCAGGGGCUUCUUUCUCUUUUAUUUUCUGUGUUUCCCUCCCAUUUGUAGAGAAAUGUGUUUAACCACAAUUUACACUACAGAGUGCUGACACCUGUUGAGUCUUGGAGCUUUCUCUCCCCCAAGAGCUCUUUUGAGUUUGUCCUUUUCCUUGCUGGAAGUAUCUCACAGAGUACCUUGCAGCUUUCUGGCCAAGAUUUCUAAAGUAAUUCUCGGAUUGCUUUUGAGGUGUUUAACUCGGGACACCUUCCAAGGGCAGCAGCUCUCAGGUUGGGGCUCAGGGGACAAGCAGCAGGAAAUUGUUUAUUCUCCACUAGCAUGGCUCUGAGUUAGGGGGACUGACAUGGUAAUGAUAAUUUUACAGCUAUUUCAGAAACAUGCUUUAAAAAAACAGAUCUCAAACCCUGCUCCCAGCUAAUAGAACAGAGCCUGUAGGAUGUCCCAGUGACACUAUGCCAAGUCUGGUUACUUCUAAUUGAUUAAAUGCAGUGAAAAGGCACCAAGGGUUUAUUAUGAAAUUUGAGAUGGAGAGCAAAUCCCUGCACUCUGACUUCGUUAUCCUCAUAAGCAAAGGUGCAGAUUUUAUAGCUGAGGUAAAUAUAUAAAAAUGUACACAAUAUGAGUGGUAUUUAGUGUAAAACUUGAAUGAAUCAUGUCUGGUUGAGAGAGAACCAUAAACCCUUUGAUCGAACAAUGAGGCUUUGAAAGGAACAGAUUUGGUAGAGUGCUGAACCUGUAAUCUGCUCACUUUAUUGCAUUAUGUGAGGAAGACCUUAUUUAUUUGCUACUUAGGAAGUGUUUCCAAUCACAGCUCAUAAUUAUGUAGCUUUGCUCCACAGAACUCUGUAACACUAGUAAAAACCUCUGGAAUUCAUAGGGGCUGUGUUAAAUGAGACACAAAUCUUGCCUUUGUGCUCUGCCUUGGUCUACACUAACAAAGCCAGUCUGGAUAAUUGCUUAUCUGAAUAUUUACUUUCCAUGCUGUUCUUGGGUUCUGAGCUGAAGCCACUGGAAUCAAAGGGAAAGACUUCAGUAGAGUUCACCAUCUUAAACCAUUUUUCACUUCCUGGAAUUCUCAGAUCUCAGAGGAAUAGCCUAUGCUAAAUCAUGGUUACCAGAAUUAAAAGUGAAACAGUUCUGUUUAUCCAGUUUUACAAAACAUAGUGUCUGCAUCAGCGUGGGUGGACAAGUUCCAGAGGUGGGUUUGAUGCUGAAAGCAAAUGUAUUCUCCAUAAAUCAGUUGGAAUCUGGGCCCAAAGACAUCACUCUGUGUGAGGGGAAGGCAGAAAGAAUUCUGAAGUUUCUUUGUCCAAUAAUGAGUUGCUUUCUUACCUCAUGCUCGUAUGUUCUUUUGGAAAAAUAAAUAUUAAAAGUCUUGCUGCUGCUUUUAGUGCUGAA